UCCUCCCCCACAGCAGCAGCAGCAGCAGCAGCAGCUUAACACCGCAUCCAGCUUCCUCCAGCAUCCACCCGAGGCUGGGAAGGAAGCAGCAUCAAGUCCUACCCGGGCGCCACCACUCCGACCCACGGAGGAGGAAGAUAAGCGAAUAGAGGAAGAGGAGGAGGAGGAGGCGGGGGGGGCGGGGGGGCAUCCUCACCAUCCGAGUGAUGCCACAGCAUCAACUGCAUUCGGAGCAAGAGCGCUGAGAGUUGAUCUUGUAUUUUAGCGGGUGAGAGGAAGAGAGGAAGCGUUUCCAUACUCGAAGACAGCCGCAAACUGCCCAUGAAGAUGUCCAACGCUGACAUCGUCCACAACGCCGCCGAUCGGAUGGUGAAAUCUGUCCCCUUUCCCCUAAGUCACCGCCUUACCAUGAAAGAAGUGUUCGACUGCGAAGGGAAGCCUCGCGUGGACCUCCUAAAGGCCCAUCUUACCAAGGAGGGCCGCGUGGAAGAAGCCGUGGCAUUGCGAAUCAUCAACGAAGGGGCGACAAUCCUGCGCCAAGAGAAAACUAUACUGGACAUUGAGGCACCAGUCACAGUUUGUGGAGACAUCCAUGGGCAGUUCUUUGACCUGAUGAAGCUUUUCGAAGUGGGAGGCUCACCGGCCACAACGCGUUACCUUUUCCUGGGGGACUAUGUCGACCGUGGCUACUUCAGCAUUGAGUGUGUUUUAUAUCUUUGGUCACUGAAAAUCCUCUAUCCAAAGACACUAUUUUUACUGCGUGGAAAUCAUGAAUGUAGACAUUUGACAGAAUAUUUCACCUUCAAACAAGAAUGUAAAAUCAAAUAUUCGGAGCAGGUGUAUGACUCAUGCAUGGACGCGUUUGACUGCCUUCCUCUGGCUGCCCUCAUGAACCAGCAGUUUCUGUGUGUCCAUGGCGGACUCUCACCUGAAAUUCACACAUUAGAUGAUAUUAAAAAGUUGGAUCGGUUUAAGGAGCCGCCGGCUUUUGGCCCCAUGUGUGACCUGCUGUGGUCGGAUCCUCUGGAGGACUUCGGCAAUGAGAAAACCCAGGAAUAUUUCAGCCACAACACAGUGCGAGGCUGCUCCUACUUUUACAGUUAUCCAGCUGUGUGUGAGUUCCUACAGAGCAAUAACCUCUUAUCAAUUAUCCGAGCACAUGAGGCACAAGAUGCAGGUUACCGGAUGUAUCGUAAAAGUCAGACCACAGGAUUCCCAUCCCUCAUCACCAUCUUCUCUGCACCAAACUACUUGGAUGUUUACAACAACAAAGCUGCUGUACUCAAAUAUGAAAACAAUGUCAUGAACAUCCGACAGUUCAACUGCUCGCCUCAUCCUUACUGGCUGCCCAACUUCAUGGACGUCUUUACCUGGUCGCUGCCGUUUGUUGGAGAGAAAGUCACAGAGAUGCUGGUGAAUGUGCUGAGUAUAUGCUCCGAUGACGAGCUAAUGAAUGAUGAAGAUGAGAUAUUUGACGCCAACGCAGCUGCAGCACGCAAGGAGGUGAUCCGAAACAAGAUUCGUGCUAUUGGAAAAAUGGCCAAAAUGUUCUCGGUCCUCAGAGAGGAAAGUGAAAAUGUGUUGACGCUCAAGGGCCUGACGCCCACCGGCAUGCUGCCGAGCGGGGUUCUCUCUGGGGGCAAACAGACGUUGCAGAGUGCCACCAUUGAAGCCAUUGAAGCCAUCGAGACGAAUGAUGAGGACAGAGAAGCCAUCCGUGGCUUUUCCCCCCAGCACAAGAUCACCAGUUUCGAAGAAGCCAAGGGCCUGGACCGCAUCAAUGAGCGCAUGCCCCCUCGCAGGGAUGGUGUCAACCACGUGGGUCACUCCAUGGGCAAGAUGAAUAUGUCCGAGGAAAACGGCACGGAUGACAACAGCAACAUCCAGUGAGCCUGUGUUGGUUGUGGUGGUGAUAGGGGGGGGUGCGACCUUGCAGAUUUUCCCCCGAGCAGUGAGACAUUGCCAAAUCGAAAUUCAGGCCUCAGAACACAGAAACACAAACGGGACCACAGCAGACAGACAGACAGAAGGUGAUCUACAGCAAAUGUAAAAUGAGCAACAAGGUCAUUUAUUUGGUGACAGAAUGUGAAGGUUGGGGGUGGGGGGUCAAGGGGGCUGCAUUGUGGGUAAAAGAUGUCUGCCUAUUGUUCCCUCCCUCUGCUCAAUUACAGACUGAACUACUGUAAAUCAGACAUUGUGUUGGUGACACACAUGACUGACACAAGGCAUAAUUUACAAACUGAACUACUGUAAAUCAGACAUUGUGUUGGUGACACACAUGACUGACAAAAGGCAUAAUUUCAGUAUUCAUGCCAUGCAAAUGAGUUAAAAAAAAAUUUUUUUUUUAACAAAAUGUUUAUAUCAAGCCACUCAGAUUCACAGCUUGCAGAUAUUUAUCUUGUUCAGAAAGUAUAAAAACAGAAUACCUUGAGAAAAAAAAAAGAAAGCAAAAAAAGUGUUUUCAGUACACUUAGCACUGUCUGGCAACAAACCAUAUUUGGCUACUUUAAAAUGGACCCCUGUCAGUCUGAGACAGGGAAUUUUGCCAACUACUCAGCUAAGAAAACUAAUCAUAAUAAUGACAUUUUAUAAAUCAUGCAGUGUGGUUGUACACUAUUGGCAACAAACCAUAUUUGGUUACUUGGACGAAAUUCAACCUGCGCUAUUUGAAGCGAUGUCAGAGUCUGAAGCCAACACAAUAAAUUGUAUUCCUAAAACAAUAAAAUAAAGUAUAAUCGUUUUUGAAAAGUUGCAAAUGUAAAAAAUAAUAGUCCUCCAACAAUAGGGUUAAAAAAUUAAUUCCCAAGUAAUCAAAUGGCUAAUCUGGCAAGUGUUAAAGUGGAUUAUUUUAUUUAUUUACCUUGUAUUGAUAUUUUCUUGAAAGACAAACGGUAAAAAGUCACUGCAGUGUGAGAUUAAACCUCCUCAUGACUCGCCGCCAGUCAUCUCCUAGCAACUCGGAGGAGUUGAGGGCAGAAAAGAGGGGGGAUGGGAGACGAAUCUUGGUAUUUACAGUAUCUAUUAAGAAUGUGAAAUGGGUUGAAUUAUUUUUACUAAGGCCGUUCUCACAGACACAUCACCAUUAUUUGUGCUCAUGUCGGAAAAGCAUGGCAUUACCUCGCACAUCCUCACUUUCUGGAAGAAAAAAAAAAAUCACUCGAGCAUCCUCCUCCACUGAAGAAGUUUCAGCAAUCACACCUGCGUUGCUAUAGGACCGGUUAACAGAGGUGAAAAAGAGAAGAGGUUUUGGUAUUUUAUUAUAUAUCCUGCUUGUCCAGAACUGCCCGAGAUGUGUGCUUUCACUCAGGUGUGCAUUAAUAUCUACACACACUACUUUAUCAACAUGAGAAUUCUACAAUUUACAGAAGAAAAUGUUUUAUGUUAAAUUAUAUGGGGGGGGGGGCCUAAUUUAUUUUUGAUGACGAAUCUGACAGUGGAACUUCACUUGUAAUUAAAUAACCCCCCCCCCCCCCCCCCCCCCCCCCCCCCCCCCACCCCCCCCGCAAUCCAAUGGCGUUAUAAAAGACAAUUUGUAAAGUCACUAAAGUAGGAAGUCCAAACGUUAAGAAACGCUAUCAGACACAUGUCUGGAAUUUAAUUUUAUGUUUUUUUUUAUUUUCUACUCCAUUAUUUUAAUGGUAAAGGUACUGUAUGUGACUCAAGGAUGGACAAAACAGUGAUUUUAAACACAGCAUCUAUGGUACGGAACGCAUCAAUGCAUGCAGUUAAGUUCCUAAUUGUAAUGUGAAAUAAUUGUGAUACUGUAGUCGUGUUUCAAAUAGUGAAUUUGAAUUAUUUUGAUUAAAUUGAAUCUGUUGUUUCAUUUGUCUUGUUUUAUAAAUUUUAUAAAUAGGCUUCUUUCUUUUUUUUGUCAAUUUUUUUCAUUUAUGUUAUUACCACUGCUUUUAAUUUUAUAUUGAGACAUUGUAUGCAGAGAUACCCUUCACAGGUGUGAAGCCUUGUUUACUCUUCUGUUGUACGAUAUACAGAACAUGUUUAAUAGUGUGAAUGAAUAUAAUCUCAGUGAAAAGCUACUUUCAGGCUGCCAAAGCAUGAUAGCAUGGUUUUCAGAUGUAAAUUAAUUGGACACCAAGAAAAUCACGUGUCACACUUGAAACGUGAAACUGUACUGGUUCUAUUUACUGCUGAUAUUACUAUUAUUGUUACAAUUUAAACUUAUGGUUCUUUUCCUUUCUCCUAUUCUGGUUCUUGUAUGGUCUACAUGCAUAUUUUGACAAACAAAUAUAAUUGAUUUUAUCUGGCAACAUUUUUUUUUUUUUAAAUAUAUCUCGAGAGAUAUGUUUUGGCAUUUGACUUCCUCAAUGAUACACACAUUGUAAGCAUGCCCUAUGGGACAAAUCUUUUUUUUUAUUUUUAUUUUUUACUCUUGAAUAAAAUAUGCAUGAACAAAAUCAA